AUGCAGGAAAUGGACAUUCUCAUCCUUGGAGCUGGUUGGACGUCGACAUUCUUGAUUCCGCUAAUAAAGGCUCGUAAUUUGACCUACGCUGCCACAUCUACGACAGGGCGUGACGGCACUAUCAAGUUCAAAUUCGAUCCUUCAGACCCGGACCCUACCUACUUCAAGGUUUUGCCCUCUGCUCGCAACAUCUUGAUUACCUUCCCGCUCAAUCAAGAAGGCCAGGCCAACAAGCUGGUCUGGGCGUACAACUUUACACACCAACACCCAGGAACCAAUGCUCGUUUCCUGCAGCUCGGAUCAUCUGGUAUCUGGCAAAUCGAUCAAAAGACGACAUGGGUAGACCGACACUCGCCGUACAACAAGGAGAGUGCACGAGCAAUUUCUGAGGACGAAUUGAUGUCCUUGGGUGGCUGCGUACUCAACCUCUCCGGAUUGUGGGGUGGAGAGAGACAGCCAAAGAAUUGGGUCAGCAGGGUAGCAACCACCAAGGAGCAGGUCAAGAGCAAGAAGAGCUUGCAUCUGAUCCACGGCGAGGACGUGGCAAGGGCUAUUCUCGCAGUCUUCGAUAAGUGGGAGCAUGCCAAGGGUUCACGUUGGAUGUUAACUGAUGGUCAAGUCUAUUGUUGGUGGUCGCUCAUAGUAGGCUGGGCCAAGGAAGGCAAGCACGUAGACGAAGAGCCCAGCAAGCAGAGCCAAUGGGUGUAUGAAUUGAUGCAGGAAGAAGAUGUCAAGGCUUUGCCGAGAGAUAUGGAGACGCUGGGCAGGUGCUACGACAGCCGCGAGUUCUGGAAGACAUUCGAUCUUAUACCCUUGAGAAGCAGGAUAUAA